CCGGUACGUCUUGGCCCGGCCACAGGCGCAGAGGGUCGUCUCGAGCAGCGCCGUCCCGAUCGGAGGACCCACGGCAGCGGCACCGCUCAAUCGCCCACACAGCCAUGAGGGACAGCAUGCGACUGGCGCUGGCACUACUGCUCACGGCUCUGCUGGUGCUGCCCAGACAUCACGUGACCGCCUCGGAGCCACGUGACCUGAGGUCGGCCGGCAGCGGCGAGAUGCUAUCCGGCGACAUCGACAACUACCUCAGCGAGCUCAAGGAUUUCUACACGAAAGUCGGCAGACCCAGGUUCGGCAAACGCAGCACCCGCGUCCGGCGAUGGCGCACGGUGGCGUCACUUGGUGACGUCAUACACGAGCUGCGCUUCUGAACGCGUGCCGGCAUUGCGGGCGACCGCUCCUCGGCCGCGCGAACAGCUGUGAGCUGAGGAGGACGCCGGUUCGAAUCCCAUCGAGUCGCUGCGACUUUCACGACGGACAGCCGCUGAGAGGGCUAAGGAGAGAAGAUAAAAAGGAGGACGACAGAAGCGCAAGUCGGACAUGGUUGGGAGAUUGGCCGCCAAAACCCAGCUACCCGUGAAAAUCGCCACCGAACCGCGGUUUCUGCUACAACAGUCAUGACCGGAUACUGUAUUGCCUGCUAUGUGAGAGAGCGAGAGGGAGAGAGAGCGAGAGAGAGAGAGAGAGGGAAAGAGAGAGAGAGAGAAAGAGAGAGAGAGAGAGAGAGAGAGAGAGAGAGAGAGAGAGAGAGAGAGAGAGAGAGAGAGAGAGAGAGAGAGAGAGAGAGAGAGAGAGAGAGAGAGAGAAACGCUUCAUCGUCGAUUUUGUCAUCUUUGGAUGUCGACACCGGUGACGUCUCGGUCGGGCCGCCACUGCUGAAAUGUUCUCGAUUUGGUCGGCGGCGCUGUGCGAAUCCUCGUUCUGUCGGAGCUGUCGGCCACCGAAAGGUCGACCAUUCAGUGUCGGACUGAUAUAGUAGCGAGGCUUAAUAUCUGCACAUAUGAGCUGAUGAGAGUAUUCCAAUGGCAUUGUUCUCUUAUUUGCAUAUGAAUAUGAGAUUGAAUGGCCUCAUUCAGACCGCAUUACUUACAUUGAAUGACUCUUAAUAGUUACCAGAAACGCACUGUUCUGAAUCCAGAGGCUGGAGGAAGCAUUAGUGGUAUUUAGAAAUGGUUAUGGUUCACCAGGCUUGUCUAUGCGAACUUAUCACAUAUGCUGCUGGAUAUUACUUAAUGACAUAUUGUUUCUAUAUGUUGUAUUUGCCUAUGUGAUAUAAGUCGUUAUAUUUAUGCUAUCCUACUUUGUAUUAUUUGAUAUUGAAAGGAAAAUAUGUUUACCGUGGUCAUAUGAGGUGCUUCGUUUGCUCGAUGUGAUAUAGUCCAGUUUAAGACAUGAUCGCAACAGGGCGCCCAAAGUUACCAUAGUCAUAGGAGAACAAUGCUGUACACUAGACAUAUAUUUGUUGUUAAUUUCUUCGCAGUUUAGCAUGUGUAGCACGUUAUGUACCUAGUAAUGAUUAAUUGAUUAUCUGUGUUUAAAUAGCACACGUUGUAAUGCAUUUUGCCAUUUUAUGAGUCACAUGUCAUGGACAAAAGGUGUACGGUUAUUGGGCUCAGCAAUGCAUCAGGUUCCCACCAUCCAAACAAUUUUUCUGACGAUUGAAGAUCAGCUCGUACCAAAUAUAAAUAAUGCAGAUGUUUCACCGUGACACAUGAAACAUCUGAGGCUGGCAUGAAACAUUAAGAGUUUAACUGGCUCUGUUCGGGGGCAACCCUGUGCCGACCAGGAUGUCCGUCUUCGCUCGAAAGACGUGCCAACUUCGGCACCAAGUUGCGGCGAGGUUUGAUCGCUCGAGGCUGGAGCUUCUUUAGAAAGUAUUUCUCGCCUCACUCAACCGUUCAGCAGUACGCUUUGAUAGGUGUUGGCUGUAAAAUAUACGUUGAUUUUCAUUUGAUAA